GCAAAGUUGGCAGCGAGGUAGUAGUGUGGUCGGUAGCACGUUCAAUGUUCUGCCGAGUAAAGGACACGCGGCCAGUGAGAGUGCGAAGAGCGCUGCACAUUGUAAAUGUCUGUCGUGACUCCACGAGGAUGCGAACAACGUGGAAGCUCCAAGCAGCGGCUCAUAGCGGUACUGGGGUGAAGCCCGGCAUGCAUCGAGCGUACUCCCGCUAGUCAACCUGCCUGCCGACCUCGUUCCCGCCAUUCUUCUCAGCAAUCGCAGUGUUUGUGUUGCAUAGAAGAGCAGUCGGUCCCUGUGUCUUUGUCAGUUAGUUUUGCAAGGGGCAGGGAACUAUGGCGGAUACCGGUGCAGGAGUUGCCGAUUAUCCAGUUGUUGUUGUUACAUUAAUAGUUGGAGCUACAGUGUUGGUUUUAGUGUACAUAUCGAAUUUGUUAAAGUCUUCAAAAGGAGAAGAUUCAAAAAGUGCAGAACCUGAAGUGCCAAAGAAGGAGAAGCAGAGAGAUGUUUCGAGUUCUGGCCUGAAAUCCAGCAAGAAGAAACAUUCAGAGAAGUGGGUUCGAGAUUCUAAGCAGAGCUUUUCACAUCCAUGGCUACUGACUUCUCUCAAGGGUCAUAGCGGGGAGGUGCUAGAUAUGGAUUUCAGCAGUAAUGGAAAAUUCCUAGCAACUUGUGCAGAAGACUCGGAGGAACUGGAUCCAGGUGGAGGUGGGGGUAGCAGUGAGCAGUACAGUGGGAGUGAAGGCAGCAAAGAGAACAGCCCUCAAGAGAAUGGCAAAGGAGUUCAUCUGAGCCGUCGUCAGAAGAAGAAUCGUGUUCGUCGAGAUGAUGGUUCCCCAGUGGCAAAUCAAAAUGGAGUCUCAGCAGUCAACAUGAAGAAGAACAAAGCCAGGGCUAGACGGUCAGCCAGUUCUGGAGAUGGGAACAGUAACCAGCGCCACAUCACCAAUACCCCUGCGCUACGCCAGCAUGCCAAGCUGAACUUAAACGACAGUGACCUUUCAGUGUUCCUUCGUCAUUAUAUCCUCAGUCCUGACCAGCUUCUAGCUCUAGGCUAUCCUGUAGAGAGUUCCUUAUAUCCUGGGCAAGCAAUUAUUUUCAAAAGCCCUGCUGCCAACACUGGUCCUAAUCCAUAUGCCCUUGUAUACUCACAUCCACUUACAACUUCCUCCCACUUUGAUGUCAAUGCUCAGGAGUUUGUGCCUAUGAGUGCCAAGCAGUCUAAAGGAACAGCAUGUUAUUACAGUGAUGGAAGUUUGUCAAGGGAGUCCCAAGGAGUGAACAGUGCCAUGUAUAUAUCAAAUAUGAUAGACAGAGGUCCUGCAGGAUUCGAUUAUGCCUCAGUUGCUAUUGAAUGGAACGUUGACAAAGAUGUGAAGCGUGAAGACCAUGAGAACAAUAACAUAGUUAUCACCGCAUUUCGCAGCGAUGAUAAUAAGAACAACUGUGAAGAACAGUUGUGUAAAGGUACUGAGAGAAAGUCCACUGAUUCACUUGGACAUUUGAAUUGCCGUGGGGAGGAUUUAAGUGUGAUAUUGCAGAAGACUGAGGAUGUAGGGGAGAAACAAGCAUCAAAGAGUCCACUGAAGAGCAAGUUCCAAGAACAGUUGAGUAGUAGUGAUGAAAAGAAGUGCGUCCGUUGUGGUCGUGGUUUCUUUGUGACAAUGGAUGGGGAAUAUUUAACUCAAGAACAGUGCCUGUAUCAUUGGGGUAAGUUACAGAAUGUAUUAGGGCCAGGGGCCUAUGAGAUGGGUGCCAUGACAGUUUGUACUGAAUAUAGUUGCUGUAGAGGCAAACCGAAUACACGUGGAUGUACCAGUGGAAAACUACACGUGUGGAAUGGCGUUGGUCCUGGGUUCAAUGGUCCCUUUGACGGCUAUGUUCGAACCCAUCUUCGUAAGACUCCGCCCCCUGAUGGGAAUUUUGGGGUAUAUGCAAUAGACUGUGAAAUGUGUUUCACAACUCAUGGUCUUGAGCUAAUAAAAGUGACUGUGGUGGCCACAGAUGGGCGUCUAGUGUACGACAGCUUGGUGAGGCCAGAAAACUUUAUUAUAGAUUAUAACACAAGGUUCUCAGGCAUCACUGCACGUGAUCUCAGUAAACAUGCCACAAAAUCCUUACGGGAUGUUCAGAAUGAUUUAAUGGGUUUCAUAAAUGCUGACACUAUCCUUGUGGGUCAUGGACUGGAGAAUGACCUCCGUGCCUUGCGUAUUAUCCAUGGCACUGUGAUUGACACAUCUGUGAUAUUUCCUCAUUAUUAUGGGCUUCCAUAUCGCCGUUCGCUUAAGUCAUUGGUUGGUUGUUUCUUGAAGAGGAAAAUCCAGCAGGAUUCAUCUGGACAUGAUAGCUUUGAGGAUGCACGUGCAUGUAUUGAGCUGAUGUUGUGGAGGAUUAGAAGGGAUUUCCGCACAAUUCUCGAAAGUCGGGCGCCACAUUUUGCAGUUACAUGCUAAAUGCUCAAGUAUUUCUGUUCGCAUUUAUUAUUCUUUUGUCUCAGAAUUGUAGUCUGGUGAGAUACUUCUUUUUUUAUCAUUGAGAACUAGAAUAUGUUCAUAAUUGGAGUUCAUCUUUCUGGUUCAGUCUUUUGUACUAGGUGAGUUUAUUAUGCGUGUGAUUUAGCCUGUAGGAAUGUAUUUUUUGCAGUGAGAAAAGAAUACUCAUACACUUUAUAUAGUGGCAGCUAAUAUUUAAAACAAAGAUCUGAAGUAGUUUGAUAUAUCAGUUUGAAAGUAAAUAUUUGGAUGUGUACUGCAUCUGUCAUUCCUGCUGUUCUGUUGAGAAUGAAUAAUGCGCAUAUGCUGAUACAAAGACAGAACAUGCUAGUCAGUGUGCUGUUCCUUGGGACAGGUAAAGAAUAAAGUAGCAGUGAUAAAAGGUUGUAAAUCAUGUUUUUGUCUUGAAGGCCCCGAUUAUCAAAACUGAGUGUGACUUGCAAAAUGUUUACUGGAUUAACCCCUCAGGCAUGUGCAACACCAUGGAUUGUCAGCCAUACUAUGCCUUCCAGAGCAUGCACAAUGUCAGGAGUGACUGGAACCACACACUUGAGAAAGAGCAGUGUGAGAGACAUGAUCAUGUGGAAGUAGUGGCUUGUUGGGGGUAGGUCAUGCUUGAAGAGUUAAAUAUUUUGGAUUUCAUCAAUCCAAAUUAUUAACCCUUUAUAUUCCAAGACCCAUUUGAAAGUAGUGCAGUCCAUUUUAGCAAAAUGAUGAGUUCUCCUUCUUUGAUUUGCUAGUGAAAAUAUGAACAUCACUGAUUUGGGCUAUUCAGUUUUCUAUUUGAGGCCUGUUCGACACAUGUUGUACUUGUGUAAUGUGUAGAAACACUUUAUGAUUUUUUUUUUCAUUCGGUUUUAAAAUAACUUGAACUCAAGAUGCUGUUCUCUAGUGGAGAAAGUGCUGUCUUACUAAAUUAUAUUCACCAUUGUGCAGUUUUCCUCCUAUCCAUGUAAUCAUUUUCCAAAAGAUAGAUUUGCACAGUGAUAGAUCACACGCUUCCACAGUAAGAUCUGUCAGGACUGUGUUGUGUUAUUAUGGUAUGUAUGAGAGACAUAUGUAUGUUUCUGUCGGUGAGUGACAAGGUGUUAUGAAGCCGAAUGUGUUGUGCAAAGGAAACAGAGUUGUCUGAAUCUAUGUAAGCUUAAUGUAUGCUCUACUACAUAUUAUGAAGAUGUUCAUUCCAAGAUGGUGAUCAAUUUAAGAAUUGUCGUACAUUCACUACUGCCCUUCAGUAAUUAAAGGUGCAUGUAUGUAGUUCAUAUG